GUGACAAGUCAUGAUAGCUCUGGGGUGGUACAUGGAGCGCCCCGGUGGAGCCUGUCAUCUGGAGUCCAGGACUUUCAGGAAAUUGGUCUGCCUAGCUUCUGUUGGUUUUAAGUGACGUGUUAGAGUCAGUCCAGCCUUAACUUUGACUACAGAUGUGCAACCAUCAUCCAGGUUCGAGUGACUUCAUUUAACAUUCACCAUGACUUCAUAGUGAAAACAAAGCUGGGCCAAGUCUGAUAAGUGACACAUCCCCGCCCCCCCCCUAUUUUUUGUUAUAUUCCAACGCUACCACCAUCGAAUGUCACUGCCCCCCUCUGGCCCUCAUGGGGAGUAGCGCCAGCACCCUCACCCCUCCGUCCUCGCCACCAGGGCGCGUCUGGCAGGCCAGCGCCAUCACAACGCAUGCGCUGAGCGAGGACGGUGCUAGACUUUUGGCGGAAUCCUCACUAGGCACGAGUCUGCGGCUACCAUCAAACAACCAAAGCAGAACCGGUACUGUGUACACAUCUCUGGACACCCGCGGCUCUCAACAAACUCUCACUGGUACAGACAUGUACGCAGGGAAACAAUGCGUGGUCCGGACCAACAAGGUGGCGCCCGUCAUCAUCAAGGACUGCCGGGAAGAGUUUCAGCAGUUCCUGGAGAUAAGUGAACCAAUCAUUCAUGGAAGUUUGGCAGAGGGAAUGCUCGAGCAUCCAUUGAUCAAGGGAAAAUAUUUUAUAGUUCAAGACUUCAAUGACGUCAAGGACACGUUACAGACCUACAGGCUCACGUCUGCCCCCAACUUUCACCAAGCUUCCUCCGAUCAGCCCAUCUUCGCCUCUGGACAGCCGACAGUGAAUGGUCUCGGUAAAGUGCUGACUCAUCUGAUGUCCGACAGUCAUACACAGAUUUUGCUGCUCAAUUUGCGGAGUGAGCCCAUCCUGUUCCAGCGUGUGGAUGAUGAUUAUGUCCCUUACUCCGUGCGUCACCAGGAGAACAUUCACAACAUGGUCAUGAUGGGUGACACGAAGGACAGCUGUGAUCACAUCGAGUCCUGCAUCAGAAAAGAAAUUGUGUCUCUGGCUGGGAUAGAGGACGAGUUCGUGUUUUACUUCUACGACAACCUGGACAAGCUUCAGCAGGAGCCCCACAUCAGGAAAGUGGAGUUUGAAGAAGACAUUCUCCUGUCCAAUGAAGUCUAUGCCAGAGAAGCUUUCUCCAACCCAUCCCUCAGGUAUGACAGGAUAUGUCUGCCAGAAAUGGGGAUACCGACCGAGGAUUUAGUUGACCAGUUCCUGUCCCAUUUCAGGGAGUCUCCGGCCUAUCUGGACAAGAACAAUCCAGCCUUCCCUGCGGUGUACCUUAUAUCCCACUCAGGGGGUCGGAGGUCAGCUAUUAUGAUGGUCAUGUCUUGCUUGAUUUAUGCACACAAGAAAGGAACACUUGUCAAAGAGAGCAGUCAUAUCAUUAACCCUAAACACCCCAAUUACAAUGAUGGCGAGUACCAAGCAGUUCAGAAACUUGUCAAUCAUCUCACAGACGGGAACCUAAUCAAGCAGCAGGUGGACUCUGUCAUAGAUGAGUGCUCACAGGUCAUCAAUCUCAGGACUUGUAUUAUCGAUCACAAAAAGAAACUGGAAGCUGCGGCCUUUAAACGGAUGCAGACUGACAGCUUUGUGGAGCACGUGCAUGCUGGAUGUCUGAGUGCCCUGGAGACGUACUGCUUCUUGAUCACCUUCAACGCUUAUCUCAGAGAUCAGAUGCCAAACAACCUUAGUUGGAGCUACAAUAAAUGGCUGCAUCGAAACCCAGAGGUUAUCCGCCUGUGCAGUCAACUGGACUUCUCAGAGUUAUCCUCUCCUCCCUCGCUGUUGUCAAGUCAACACAGGGUACUGGUGUAUGAUGACUAUAUUGGACUGGAUGUACUUAGCUCACAGAUGGAUAUUAAAGUAUCCAACUUUCGACGCCUGAUGGGGCUUCCUAUUUAUGGCAUGGCACAGCCCACAAGAAAGGGUUUGUCCAAAGUUGUCAACCAUCUACUGCACCAUAAACAAGGAUAUAGCAAUGUCAUAGUGGUUAAUCUCAGGUCUGACUAUGUCCUGGAAGUGGAUGAAACAUCUUAUUCUGUCAGAGACAUGUCCAACUUAGCUGAGCCAAUUCACUCUCAGUGUUCUUCUGGUAAAGAUUUGGAGGAAAUGGAACAAAAACUGAAAAAAGAAUUGAGGUCUAAGAAAGUUUGGAAGGCUUACAAAGAGAUCACUUCACCCGCAGUGGACAUAGAAGUGACAAGUGUGUUCACACCUGAGGAGCUCUAUGAGCAGCAGAGACUGUCCACUCUUGAUAUGCACUAUAGAAGACUCCCUCUACAGUAUGACCAUUGUUUAAAUGAGCAGGAAUUUGAUGAAAUCCAGGACUUAAUUUUGAGCUUUAUGAAAGAAUCAGGAUCAUGGGUAGACAACUCUCAUGCAUUUGUUUUUCACUGCAGAACUGGCAAGUCAAGAACUUCAUUAACCAUGGCAGUUGCUGGACUUUUGUUUUAUCAUAUGACAGGUUUUCCUUAUGGUGCUAACCCUGAUGAGCAAGAGAGAGUUAGUUGCCCUAAUGCCAGAUACACCAAAGGAGAAUAUUUAGUUGUAGAAAAACUUAUCUGGAUGCUGCCUGAUGGUCAUCAGGUAAAACGAGAGGUGGACUUAGUUCUUGAUCGACUCUUUGAGACAAUGUCUCCCAUGCACUUUCAUCUACGAGAAGUUAUAUUUGUAGUUUUUAAUAAGGGAAAAUCUACGACCGGUGCAGCUAAACGUUACAUGAACAGACUUAGUUAUGAUUUCCUGGAGAGGUAUCUCUAUCUCAUUUUGUACAAUGCCUACCUUCAUAUGGAGAAGAGUGGACAUUUUCAGCGUUCUUUCACUCGCUGGAUGACAGAGGUCGCAGCUCCAGCUGGUGUGUAUGAGCUGUUGGACAAUCUUGGUUUCUUCACACUAGAGAGUUCACCCUCGGAAUUUAGCAGACUUAAAAAUCGAAUCUUGGAUCGUCAACAGAAGUUGCCUUUCUCAGGAGUUUUUGUUUAGUGCCUGACAUUAUAGUCAACCUGCAAACUGUAUAUAGACACAUUGCACUAUUUACUAUAUUACCUUUGUAAAGAAUGGGAGUUCUAAACUAGCAUUUCUGUUUUUAAACUUUUUAAAUAACGAUGAAAUGUGCAAUUAUAUUGAAAACAUUUGUAACAUAGAAUAAUAAUUGUCAAAAAAUCAAAACUUUUGUAUAUAGAUAGUAAAAUGAACUGAAAUUACAAAGGUCUACUAGAUUUUUGAUCCAAUUUGAAUGUGACACUAUAAUCUUAAUUUAUAAACAUAGUUUAUGGUUCAACACAGAAAUCUGCUUUUAAUGUCAUUAAUGUUGCAAUGCUGUGUAAUCCUCAUUACUUUUUGUUAUUUAUUGUGAUUUUGUAAAUAUUGAUAGAUUUAAAAAUUAUAUUAAUGUAUAAAACUGGUUUGUCCUCAUUAUACACAUGCACACUCGAGUAAGGGAUGGCUGUGUGGUCAUGUGGUACUUGCUCUAGACUGUCAUCUGCAUGGUCCUGGGUUUGAACCCUGACAGUUGCCACACCUAUGGGAAGCUUGGGCUAUUAUGAACCUCUGAACCAUAUAAAACAAAACAAAAUAGGAAUUUAAUGAGAGACAAUGGCACACACUAAACUUGUCUUGUCUAUCUCAGUGUUUCUUAAACUGUGUUCUGCGAAACGCAAGUGUUCCGUGAAGCUGUAAAAGGUGUUGCAUGAAUUACUGGAAUAAUUAACUAGUAGGCAGCCACGUGAAUUAACCUCUCUAAAAAAUAAGCAAAGUGUUCCACUAAAUACUCAGAAUGUGUAAAGUGUUCCGUUAAAAAAAAGUUUGGGAAGCACUGGACUAUCUCAUUAUUAAAACACAAAGAUGUAUUCAAAUGAGGUAGAUAUUAAUAAAGCAUGAAGAAACAUUGUUGUUGGCAUAUCAAUGCUUGGAUUAUGUUUAUAACAGAUAACUCGAAAUAAUGUUUGAUGUAAAAGGAUUCUAAAGAUCAGUUUAGUUACAAAGACAUUGAUUGAGGGCAUGGUGGCUGAGUGCAAAGCACUUGGAUUGUCUCAAAUUUUAGGCCUGACCUGAGUCCACCCAAAUUUAAUGGAUACCUGACAUAGACUGGGGAAGUAAAGGCAGUUGGCUGUUGUGCUGCCCAUAUAAAUGACAGUCAUAGAGACAUGAGCUUUUACACCAUAUGCCACCAUAGACCAUAAGAUAUGAAAGGAGCACCUUUAUUUUACAUUUUCUAGACAUUUAAUGUGUCACACAUUUUAACUAUAAUAAUUGUCAACAGCUCAACUUUCAAUGAUAGUAUGGUUGACCAAUAAUUAUGUAUCUCUGUCAAUGUUUAUAUUCGUUAACUUCAGAUGUACUUCUAUUUCUAAUUUGUUUUGUAAAUUCCUCCUGUACACAGUUUUCUCAAAAAGAAAUGCCAGUAGGAAACAGUUCUACUUAUGAUCUUACAAAAAGGAAGAUAUCUAUUUUUUUUAAAAAAUACAUUGUUUUAAUUUAAAGGUCUUUUUUUUUAUUUGGGGGGCGGGGGCGAAGGCACCUAAACCAGUAAGCUUUAAGAUAUGAGAACCUACAAUUUGUAUAAAAGCUACUUUCUUGUUCAACAUCUAUUGAUAAAAUAGAUUAACGUCUUUGAAGUUUAGGAUUAUGAGAUGUUUGCUGAAUUUUAUGAGAUUUUAAUGACUUGACUGUGACCUACAUUGCUGGUAGUUAAAUGUUUCCGAUUAUUGGUUCAUUCAUGAAAUUUCAUAAGAAUGUUUCACAUAUUAUAUUGAAAAUGAUACAAUGCAUUAGAAAUAUUGUCUUUUAUGGUUUAAAAAAAAUAUAUAAAUAGCUAGUGGUGUAUCUGGUGUCCAGAAUUAACUCUUUCUCUCCUAAUUGACGAUACCAUCGUUGAUUUGACCUCAUUAAAUUAAAUUAAUGUUUAAUUUUAUUAAACUUUUUUGGUGUUAGAUAAAAAGAGCAUGCUUUUUCCAUUUAAUUGUAUACCAACUCAAGCAUUUUCUGAUAAAAAACGACAAAGCUAUUGAAGCUUAAUCAUAACAGGGUAGUGAAAUAGUAAUGAACGAAAUGAAGAAUUCCGUCAAAACAUGGGAAAAUAAUUACGGAGAGAAAGAGUUAAGGAAGUGUUGAUAAGCUAGGUGUUUUUUUAAAUGGUAUAUGAUCAUUUUUGUGCACCUUUUGGCACUGCAGAGUUACCUUCUCUUUUCUAAGCUCUUCCAUUUGUUGCACACACAAUUUCAAUAUGGAGACAACCUUAGACUUUGACUUCAAAAUACUUAAAAACAAAUGGGCCACUAACUUGUGGCAAUAAAGGAGAUAUGAUACAAUUUAAAAAAAAAAAUUACAUUUCAACAGUUAAGUUCAGUUUAGCUUCCUUGACAUUGUCUAGCUUAUGAAUAUCUCCAAUAAUGCCAAAACAUUUAUUUUUUUUUAACACUGAGGUUACUCCUAGUCAAUUAUGAAAGAAAUGUAGAAGUGAGAACACCUGUUUCCUAACCAUGUUUGUUUAAAUAAUGAGCUACUUUGUUGUGUGAUAUAAUGUACUAUACUAUAUGACAGGAUUGACAUGUAAAUUACCUAACAAUACUCCUACUCCCAUUUUCUAAAUCAAUUAAAGAAGAAAAAUCUUUUAAAA